CCCCUCGCUCCAAAGACAAGACCGAGAGUAUUAAAGGUCCAGGUCGGUCAGGCAGUCGAUCCAGCAACAUCUUGAAGGCCAGCAGUUCUACAACAGGAUUGGCUCCUGGCAGUGUUUCGAGGACAACUCCCUCCUCUCAGGACAUCUGCAGGCCGGUGCCGCUGGGUCGUGUAGAGGAAGGUUGUGACACAGCAGUGAUGAAGCUAAGCGGCACGGCAUUAGGCUCCUCCCAGACCGCGUUAGGCUCCUCCCAGCAGGGCCAAACCAGGAAGAAGAAGAAACCAAACAGGAAGAGAGACUCCUGCUCCGCCCCCGAUGCCCCAGCGACCGCACAAGAUGACCUGGUCCAACACAGUGACGACCGCAGCUCUGACCGCAUCGGAGAGAGGGGGGAGAGGAGGAGGGGGGAGAGGAGGAGGGAGAGGAGAGGGGAACACCCCCGCCACCGUAGCGCCGCCCCUCCUGAAUCUGAUUCGUCGUCUGACGGGGAGGCGGGGCGGGAGGCCAGAAGCUGGAGCAGGGAGAAAGCCAAGAGGGGACGACGCCGCAGUGGGAGUAGCAGGGAGAGGGGAGGGGGAGAGGGGAUGGAGCUGCAGUCUGUAGGGUCUGGUGAGGGGAAGGAGAACCAAGAGAAAGAGGUUCCACAGGAGAACGGUUCCGGAGUGAAGAACCGGCGAUCAGGAGGAGGAGGAGGGGAGGAGAGCAGGCGGAGCUCCCAGCGCAGGGAGGAGGCGGGGUCUAAGUUCCGUAGCCCCGGCGGUAGCUCAUCAUUGGCUGAGGAUGGAGAGAGGGAGGGACAGAUCACUAAGAAUUACCAGGAGACCGGGUCAGUGGGUGGAGACAUGUCCGCGCCGUCGCCACGGAGAUAUGGGGGCUGCAACGCCCCCGAAGGCUGCUCCGACGACGAGCCAGAGGUCUGCAGGAUCUGCCACUGUGAAGGAGACGAGAGAGUGUGUGUUGAUAACUCCGUGCCGCUGUACAGGCAGCAUGAGUGGGAGAAGCUCCAGAUGUCGACCAAUGAGAGGAGGAAGAUCUUAUGCUCCCUGAUGUUCCACCUGGUGGCUAUUGGUUGUGUUCUCUGUUCCGUAUACGUCCUCGUCAACAGAACCCUCCACGAGAUCAACCUGGGACGCAACACCGGUCAGCACCUCCACCCUGACCUUAACCCAACCUCUAUACAACCCUGA